CGGCAGCGGCGGGAGGGACCGGCAGGGACCGGCAGGGACCGGGAGGCAGCGGGGGCACAGCCCCGGCCCCGCCGCCACACGCAGCCCCCAGCCCCCGGCCCCCAGCCCCCGGCCCCGCCGUGCUGCGGUGCCUCCCCCCCCGGCGGCAGCUCCGCGGGCAGAGGGGGAAAAAAAGAAAAAAAAAAAGAAGAAAAAGGAAAAAAAAAAGAAAAGAAAGGGAAGAAAAAAAAAUCAACCACCAAACUUCUUCUGCCGGGCAAGAUGGACAAGUACGACGACCUGGGCCUGGAGGCCAGCAAGUUCAUCGAGGACCUCAACAUGUACGAGGCCUCCAAGGACGGGCUCUUUCGGGUGGACAGAGCGGCCGGCAACAACCCCGAGUUCGAGGAGACCCGCCGGGUCUUCGCCACCAAGAUGGCCAAGAUCCACCUCCAGCAGCAGCAGCAGCAGCAGCAGCAGGAGGAGAUGCUGCUGGCAGCCGCCUCGCUCAACGGCGGGGCCGGCUCGGGCACCCCACAGCCACGGCCCGGCAUGCCGGCACCCCGCGGUGCCCAGCCGGGGGGCAGCGGCGGUGCCAAGCCGCCCUUGGCCUCCGCCACCGGCCCCCAGCCCCAAAUGGUGGCUGAGGGUCCUGGCUGCAGCCGGCCGGGCGCCUGCAGGGCUUUCCCCGCACCCUCUGCGGGGGAUGGCAGCGCCCCGGCGGGGCGGCGGGGCUGGGAAGCGGAGCCCCGCGGAGACCCCCAGGAGAACGGGGGCGAGGGCCGGCGGGGCGGCUGGGGCCGGGAGCCGAAGCCAGCCGGGCAGAGGUCCUCGUCCUUCUCGCACGUGCGCAGCGCCCCGGCACCCUCGGCUGGGCAUGAGGACGGCGUCCCGGUGGCCGUGCCCCAGCACCGCUCCUCCUCGUUUUCGGCUCCCCUGGCGCAGCCCACUGCGGGGUUUUCAGCCCUUACCGAGCCCUGCGGUCCAAGGGCUGGCGUGGAUGGGCCGGCUGCGGACGGCGGCCAGCUGUGGUACCAGGGCGGCCAGCGGGCCUUUCCAGCCAGCUCCGCUCCCGGCGUGGACUACCAGCAAGCUGGCGCCCACCCCGCCCCUGCCAGCCACUUCGUGGCCCACGGCCACAACCACCGGGCCAACGGCGGCCCCGAGCUGGGCUCCUCGCACCCGGCAGCGGCGCACGGGCCAUUGACUUCUGACGCACCGAAGCCGCCUUUCAAGGAGAGCAUGGGCGGCCUCCAUCCCGACGGUGGGCACCAGGAGGGCUCCGGCGCGGCCAAGGUCAAGCUGCCCUGCCAGACCCUCCUUCCGCAGCAGGAGCCGGGGCCGUCCGCGGCGGAGCUGAAGCUGGAGGCGCUCACCCAGCGCCUGGAGCAGGAGAUGGAUGCGCGGCCCAAGGCCGACUACUUCGGAACCUGCGUGAAGUGCAGCAAAGGGGUGUACGGAGCAAACCAGGCUUGCCAGGCCAUGGGGAACCUCUACCACGACGGCUGCUUCACCUGCGGGGCCUGCAGUCGAAAGCUGAGAGGAAAAGCCUUUUAUUUUGUCAAUGGAAAGGUGUUCUGCGAAGAAGAUUUCCUGUAUUCUGGUUUCCAGCAGUCAGCUGACAGGUGUUUCAUUUGUGGCCAUUUGAUAAUGGACAUGAUCCUGCAGGCUCUAGGGAAAUCAUAUCAUCCAGGUUGCUUCCGAUGUGUGGUCUGCAAUGAGUGUCUGGAUGGUGUGCCGUUUACCGUAGACACUGAAAACAAAAUCUACUGUGUCAGAGAUUACCACAAAGUUUUAGCUCCAAAGUGUGCAGCGUGUGGACUUCCCAUUCUGCCCUCUGAGGGGUCUGAUGAAACCAUUCGGGUUGUGUCCAUGGACAAGGAUUACCACGUGGAAUGUUAUCACUGUGAGGACUGUGGGAUGGAGUUGAACGACGAAGACGGGCAUCGCUGUUACCCUCUAGAUGAACAUUUGCUCUGUCACUCCUGUCACCUGAAACACAUAGAGAAUGGCACAACCCCAGCAGCUGUGUACCAGCAUCACUACUAGCCAGCGUGGCUGAUAUCUGGAAGCCCGGACGGACGGCUUGUUACGUGAUCUCCCUCUCCCCACCCUCAGUUGAUUUCCUGUGCAUGUUUUUCUGCAAUCGGCAGUUUUCCUGUAAAAGGAUAUGAGAGAUUUUUGCUGGAUUCUCAGAGCCUGUAUGCGUGUGAGUUCCAGCUGUAUCAAACUAUGUCUACUUGACCAAGAAUGUGGCAUGUUAUCUAAGCUGACUGGUCUACUCUUACGUGCCUUUUUGUGCUAUCUGGAGAUUCCUUUUGGCUCGUUUUGGAAGGCUCUUCAGAGAAAGCACAACUUGCUGUCAUGCCUAUGAACUCAGAUCGUGCCGUGCACAAUUAAAAAGCCAGAGGCUGGCUUGCCUGCCUCCAGGGAACGUUCCUGGGAAGUGUUUCCUGACAAGCACAUUUCAUCAGAUUCCCUGAAGGACAUCAAAUUAUUAAUACCAGUUUUUAGACACUCUCUCUCUUAGUAAUUCUUUAGGAAAAGAAAAGAACGGAGUCUGCACAAAAUGGCACGCUCAGACCUUCCAGUGAAUUCCCUGAACUCUGGUAUCAAGUCUGGCUGUAAAAGCACCAACUCUCCAAGCACAACCCAGGCGUGCUGGCUAGCAGCUGGAGGUCAACAUCCCAUUUCGAACAGAACAAGAAGCUGGGAACAAGCUGGACCGAAAUACCACAGUGACUUUAGACCUGGGCUGCUGCUUGCUUGUUGCUGCAAUACACAGGGGGCAGUCUGCUGUGUCAGAGCCUGAACAGCAGAUUAUAUUUGGAAAGGUUGGGAUGCUGGAAGUGUAGACACCAGGGAAAUCCAUCUUCGUUCUUGCUUGUAGAGCUCACUGUGGAAAAAAGUUCUCCGUAUACAAACAUUUGCCUGAGGUUUUCACAGUUUGUCCCCACAGCUCAGCCCUAGCCUGGCCACUCCCUUCUGUGGUGUUUACCCAGCACAAAGCCAUUUCAUAAUGGUGCUUAUUUAGAGUUCUGGGAACAAACUCAAGAUUGUUAUGCAGGCUUUGUUAUACAGGGAUUUAGAGCCCAGCUCCACAACCUGUACUCAAAUUCUUCCAGCCACUGGUAUAAACAGAUUUGCUCACAUGAAUAAUACCGGCUUAUCUGAGCAAGGGGCUGGAGAGUUGGGCCCUUAUUUUCUCUUCUGUCGAGCAGGCAGAAAGGCAGAUUGUUUCUCUUUGUGAAUCCCCUCGCUUCAUAGUCAAAGCAGACUGCUCCCCCGAUGUGUGUUGCCUGUGUGACUGGUGUACCUGCAGUGCAUGUUCUGUAGGUACGAGCGCUGAGCAGCCCCUCACGUCCAGGUACAGAGCUUUUGUUUAAGAAAAAGCUUUUCAUUUAGAGUCUCAGAUGCAGUUGGGAGCCUCAGCUGCCCUUGCCAACAAAUACUAUGUAGAAAACUAGUUAAAUCCUCUUGUGUGCAUGCUAGAAAUGUAAAUUCAUUUCUGAUGGAUAGAGGACUGGAUCACAUUGGUGAAGGUCUCUUUAGUGAGCUACAGUAAAUUAGCUGAGCAGUGGCACUGAGACUCCAGAAAUGAGCCCAUCCUGAGAACCCGCAGUGGUUCGACCAUACACCUUUUCCCGUAGCACAAAUGUAGCUAGACGGAUGCUUGAACUUCACACCACGUCGUCAGACGGUGUCAUGCGCUCAGCGGGAGCAGUACCUCUAAAUCUCAGAGCAGUACCUCUGAUUCUGAAAGCAGCCCUUCAGGCCAGAAGGACCAAAUGUGUCAGCUCCCUACAGCCUUAAACUGGGGCUCCAGGUGCUGGGUAGCAAAGGGAUGGGGGCUGGCACAAACCAUUAUAACCAGUGCUGUGUCGGAUGCAAUGAAACACACGAGGGCAGGCUCCCCAGUGCCCCCAUCCCAGCAGGCGACGUCCGUGGGUACGUAUUGCUUGUCGCCUGCAUCACGGCUCGGCCCAGGAGCGGUCCAAGGACGUGACGGUGAUCUUGGGACUGCCUGAAGGUGCUGGGAUGGGAAGUAACGCCAGCUGAACGUUCCUGGUGAAUGAUUCAGGUAGUCCUUGGCAGGCGGUUCCCCUCACUGAGCUCGAUGUGCUGCACUGUCUCCGAGAGACCAGCGACUGCGUGGCUAACGCUCUUCGGUUUUGGAGCAUCUGCUGAUGCACAUUUUCUGGCCUUCCUUUUGAGAAGAUCUGAAAACACUAGCGGGACUGAUUCUUUUCUCUUUAAGCAGCGGUUCAAACUGCUGUUUCACUCUUGCAGCCUUCCCCAUACCCCUAAAAUUAGCGGGAAAUAAGGGGAGGGGGAGAUAAGAACAUUUUCCUUUGUGGAAAGCCUCAACCAGCCAGUUUGCUCCGAGCUACCUUGCAGGAGCCUCCUCUGAAGCAGUGGAAAGUUCGGCCUCUGCUUUCACACAGUGUCUUGUUACUCCUGUCAGCCACCCUGUACUCCUCAGCACCGGGGAAACGAAAGCUGUCCUACUUUCAAUUUUGAGGUCCUGUAUAAAUUAUUAAGUGUGAAUGCUCUCCUUUUGUGUAUUUACCAAGAGCUGGAAAUGACAAUGUGAAGUUGUUGAAAAUCGAGUGUCUGAGUUGAUGGUUUGGAAGCUAAAGCAUAUACCGCACUGCCUUGCUCA